AUGCUUCAAGUUGUCAUGUUUAAGUACGUGGUGGUCUGGUACCCCGGCUUGGGUGAAAAGCGACCCUGUGUCCUUGCGACCAAAUUCUCGUCCAAAAGUGCACCUGAAGGACAUUGGUACCAAGGCCGAGUGCAUGUCGUGCGUCAAGCAGAAGUCGGAUUCCGCUUCCAUGAAUCUUUCGGAUAA